CGCUAGAGGCGCUAGAGUACAUCUCACCCUCCUCACCUGAAUUUUCUUUUCAUAGUGAUGUGAUGAUACGAUGUAAUUUUUCGCACUGAAUCUUAUUGAAAUAAUAAACCUAUCGGUUACUAUUAAGAUAACCCAUCCAUAGCCAUGUCUGAUAACGAAAUAGACAGCGACGAGGCCCCACUGUUACCCAUGCAAGCCGACUCCAAUGAACUAAACACCGAUUCAAUCCUCAACGUAAUCGAAACAUCAACUGCGAUCCAAAAUUCAAUCGAAGUCAUUGUACUACCUUCGACCUCGACUGCAGAAGAAGAACCUAAAUCCCAAGAUGAACCUGAAAAGCCCCUGCCUCGAGAACUGGCUCAAUUGCUGGCCCUGUCUAAGGAGGCUAACCUUGAUACCAACUUGUCUCGCAAAAGGAAAACUUCCAGUCCAAAGUGGGCUAACAAAAAUCUUAAGCAUAUCGUAGGGGAUAUGGAUGCUAGCGAAGAAGACAUUCAUAAAACUAGGAAGAGGAAGAAAAGUGGGUCUGAGGGGUCUAUAGUGGAAGGUCUAGGAGGCAAGGUUUUAGUGGUUGACGUACCUGUUUUUAAGCCAAACAAAGACAUGUUUUGCUGGAGAUGCCACAAAGACUCAGUGGACAUAGCUUGCGAAACUUGCCCUCGAAGUUACCACCGCAGAUGUCUUAAACAAGCUGUGCGGAAUCCUGAUCACUGGCCUUGCCCCGAAUGCGUGCUAAUCUUGAAAGCUGAAAACAGUCAAUCCAUGUCUCCAGCUAUGAAGGAUAUGUCUUUGGAGCAUCUAUGCAGCUUGCUGAAAUUUGCCAUACAACGGAUGAUCAAAUGUCAAGGAUCUGAGCCCUUUAUACAUCCAGUCUCCGGAGCUGAAUGUCCCGACUACAACAAGUACAUAAUCCAACCAAUGAAUCUAACCAGGCUUUCGCAAAACAUCAAAGACAACCUAUACGGCAGCCCGCAAGCGUUUGAAGCUGACGCCAAGUGGAUUUUGCACAACAGCAUCAUCUUCAAUUCAAGCCAAUCUAAGCUGACAAGCCACGCGAAAAGUAUUAUAAAGAUUUGCAAACAAGAAAUGGCAGAAAUCGAAAACUGCUCCAGCUGCUAUUUGAAUGCCAACAGUAACAAGGAUUGGUUUGUGGAUGUUUGUCCCAAGCCUCAUUUGUUGGUUUGGGCCAAAUUAAGAGGCUUUCCAUUUUGGCCUGGAAAAGUGAUGAGCUACAAGGACGGUAAUGUGGACGUGCGAUUUUUUGGGGCCCACGAUAGAGCCUGGAUACCGGAAGAAGACUGCUAUCUUUACAGUUUGAAACAGCCAAACUAUUUCCGGUCUAAGAGAAAGGAAAUCGAUUCUUGUGUCAGAGAAUUAGAACGUCACGUUAAAAAUCUAGAGAGAGCGUUCGGCGAGUUCCGUUACGCUCCAUUAAAAACCCCUGUGGAUCCCGACAACGAGCUCAAACAAUUGCAGAUUCUUUUGCCCCACUACAAACCGGGCAAGAUGUUGAAAAGGCACAGAAAAUCAAAUGAUGGAAAGGCGGAAAAAAUUCCUAAAAAGGUGGACAAAGAAUCUGAUGAAGAGGAAAAAACAAGUAAAUCUGAUACAUCGGUAGAAGAUGAGAUUAUGGAAGGAUAUGGUACUGACGACGAUACAGUUCCAGAAAUCAAUACAGAAUUCCGUAAAAACUUCCAAUCAAAAUCUUUCAAUGAGGACACUCCAAGUACUUCAUUGAACGACUCUAUUGAAGCUGAAAUACAUUUUAUAAAAAAACAUGCAAUUCAAGACAAAGAAAAAUCCAAUAGCUCAGCAGAGUCCCCUAGUAAAAAGGCCCUUUUUAAAACUACAAUUUCCAAUGAAAAUAACAGUCCAGUGAAGAAAAGCCGUAUUGUUUUUCUUUGUGAUAAUUUGGAACUUGGAAAUAAAAGUGUAGAAUUGAAUCCGACUCAAGUGGAAACAAAGAAGAUUCCUGUAUCGCCUUCUAGUAAACUUAAAAUGGCUGACGUAUUGAUGAAACGUUUGUCAAAUGAUGAUGAACCAAUAGUGGAAAAGGAAAUUUUGACUGAAGAUAUUGAAAAACCUUCAAUGGUUGUUGAAGAUAUUGAAAAACCUCUAAUGGUUGUUGAAAAACCUUCAAUGGUUGUUGAAAAUAUUGAAAAACCUUCAAUGGUUGUUGAAAAACCUUCAAUGGUUAUUGGCAAUGCUGAAAAAGAGACUGAAAAUGCUGUAAAAGAACAGGAGGUUAUUGUUGAAGCCACAAUAUCUGAGAAGAUAAUAAUUGAAAAUCCACAAACAGUAUUUGACAAUACGAUAUCAAAUGAAAUAGUGGAAAAUGAAUCUCCGGCCAAAAAUACUGAAAAUGUAGAUGAGCAAAUCGAUGUUGCUGAAAAGUCUUCAGAAAAUGUAGUGCAAUAUGCUGAAACUGCUGAAACAAGUGCGGAUUUGAUUAUUGAUAGGCCAAAUAUACUAAAAAUUAUCCAUUCAUCUUUGGAUCCAUCAGAAACAGUUUUUGCGAAAAAAUCUACUCAUUUAGAAGAUCUGAAGCAAAACAACAAACCCAGAAAAAGCUCAACCUUGGACACAAUUAUUUAUUCAUCUUUGGACUCAGAAACAGUAACUGAAAAAGAAUCUGUUUCUAUCACAAAACCUUCAGAAAAUUUGAAGCAAGACAACAAACGCAGAAGAAGCUCAACUUUGGACAAAAUUGUCCAUUCAUCUUUGGACUCAGAAACAGUACCUACAAAAGAAUCUGUUCCUAUCACAAAACCCUCAGAAAAUCUGAAACAAGAUAACAAACGCAGAAAAAGCUCAACUUCAGAAAAAAAUAUCCAUUCGGAAAUAGCAAAAGAAUCUCUACCAGUUAAAAUACCCUUAGAAGACCCAAAGCGAGGCAACAAACGCAGAAAAAGCUCAACUUCAGACAAUGAAGCUGUAGAAUCCCAAAACAAAAUCACCAAACUCACUCUAACCCCUUGUAAAUCUCCAAUACUGAAGUUAAGAUUGGAAAAACUAGUAGUGGUUGAAAAACCAAUACAAGUUGAUAAACCCAACGACAAAGUCACAAGUGAAGAAAUUGUAGAAAUUACAAACGAAGAAGACUCAGAAGAAACUAAUAUCGAUAAGGAAGAAGUUGACAUCAAAACUGAAGUAGAAGAUAUUAGUGAGGAAAAUAUUGAAGCCAAAAAACAAUAUUUGUCUGCCUUAAAUAUUCUAGAAAAAGGAGACCCACCUCCACCAAAAUCAAACGUAAACGUCAUAAGGACUCGGUCCAAGACUGAAGAAAAGCGAGAAAAGAAUCGACUUGUGGACAAUAUGACUAAAGUAAUCGAAGAUGUUGUAGUCAAUUUUGGUGUUAAUAAAAUACCAGGAUCCCCAGAGAUUUCCGUUAAAUCUUUUGCCAAACUUGAAGAACAACGUGCCAGGAAAACUUUCCCCGUUAAGCCAAUAGUAAUAGAAGAUGAACCCGUUUUGACUGUUACUAGCACGGUUGCUUCUCAACCAAUAACAACCAACAACGUAAUUUCAGUUGUCAAUACUACAACUUCUACAGUGCCUGUUAUACCUACAGCCAUACCUCCAUUGCAACCAAUAGAAUCUUUACGAACCUCUUCAAAUGGUUAUUUGAUUUUACAACCACCAGGCGGAGGAAUGGUUUAUGUACCCUCCAAUCGCAAUGUCACUUAUAAUCAAAGCACCAAUCAAAUGGUUUCAAUGACUCCAUGUCUAGUGACUGGCCCUAACAAUGCCAACUUGGCUAGCAGGCCUUUGGUAUGGUUGCCUCAAAUCGAACCUUCAACCCCUGAAAUCAAUUUGUCGCAAAACUACAUUCCGCAAGGAGAAAGUGGCACUGCAACUGACGUUAAUAAUCCAGUAACUAAUAAUACUACUGUGGUUAAUGGACAUCCGGAACCUUUUGUGGUACCACCACCACCACCACCACUACUAGAAACAUCUAAUAGAGAAAUUCCGAUUGUCGCACAAACUCCAAUUAUUGUAGCAGCACCAGAGGCUUCAAAUGACGCUGUUCCAUUGAUAGAGCCAGUUUCAACCAGGGAAAAUCCACGAGAAGAUUUGACUUUGUUGAACAGCAUUAUGCCAGAUAGUCUUAAUAGAGCGUUAAGCAAUAUUAUCAGACGGCCUCCUCCGCAAUUGACACCUCGACCUGCUGGCCUUUUGAGUCAGAAUUUUAGUAGCCAACCGAUUCCAGAUUCCGCCGGAGAUCUCGUCGCUAAGGUGAAUUCGAUUGGCCACAACUUUGCCGACUAUUUCCGAAACAUGUUCGUCGAAACCCUGCGAGAAUUCGCCGAAAGAGGCUCCCUCGAAUCCUUAGUUGCCAGCCAAAAAUUAGAACUACAACAGAUGAAGUACCAGCACCAAGUGGACAUGAUGGAAUUCGAAAAGAACGUGGCAACAGUACUAAAAGACGUACAAAAAAGCAUUGCGGACGAUCGCGAAAAGAUGUUAGAAGAAGCCCGAAAACAGUGGGCUAUUGAAACUACGCGACAAGUUGAAGAGGCCAGAAAGGAAUCAAAAUCCAAACAAUGGUGCGCUAAUUGUUUCAAAGAAGCCCAACUGUACUGUUGCUGGAACACAAGCUACUGCGAUUAUCCUUGCCAACAGAAACAUUGGCCUUCACAUAUGAGCAAGUGCUCGCAAAACACAAAUCAAGCUACGACAUCGGCCGGAGUCACUUUACGGCCCGGACCCAAUCAGAUAUUUUUGCGACCCAGCUUGAAUGCGCCUCCAAAAGGUAGCAAUGUAGGGAGAGUAAUUGCCGCUAAACCUAUGCAAAAGAUCUUCUUGAAUCGCAGUUCUUUGGCUGCAAAACAAAAAACAUUGAAAGUACAGACCUCUGCGGGCAGUUUACUUCGAGUAAAGGAAACAACUCCUGGGACUUAUCAGCUAGUAACAACCGCUCCAGUUUUGAAGCCUUCAUCUGUCAUUUCUAGUGUCAAUACUGUCAAACAACCGAAUAAUGUUUUGUCUUUAACGGCGGCGCCUACUGUUGUACAACAGUCGUCGCCCAUUAUUACACAGUCGAUGCCUAAAACGAUCAGGCUGGUGGCGUCCAGUGAGGAGUUGAAUGAAUAAUGUGAUAAUAGAUUUUGUAUAUUUAAUGACUGAUUGGAAAAGCAGUUUUUUCUUUUGCAUGAUUAGUAAUUUUUUUGGCCCAUCAAAAUUAUCACAGUUACUGAUAACUGUCUACCAAUCUCUAAUCCUAUUGGUUUGCAGAUAACUGGUUGAUCAAUAGGAUUAUAAAAUAAACUGGGCCUUAGUUUACUUCUCAAAAAAUUGAUUUCUUUAGAUUUAGAUACCCAUAUCCAACUGAUGUAUAUAUACGUAUAUUUUGAAGGUCUUACAUUUCAAAAGAAGGCUGUUUAACUCUAGUAACUAAGAUUUAAUUUGAAAAAUUUACAUGAAGCUUUUUAGUGUUUUGUUUAUUUUUUAUCUUAUUAUUGGUUUUCUUUUUUAUACAGGGUGAUCGAAAUUGGCUCACCCUAUAUAUUUAUUAUCCAGACUAUUGUAGUAAUUAAUAGUGUAUAUAAAAAAGUUGUUUUUUUUUUGGGGGGGUAUUUUUGCUUUAUGUGCAUUACGUAUUAUUUUUUUUUUACUUACAAAUAAUGAGAAAUAGAGUUUUUCUUUCACUAA